AUGGCUUUGUCAAAUCCUAUUAGCUUACCCUCCCAAAAUAUAUCUGGCAGUCUCCCUUCGAAUCUAAACUCUCUUUCUCAGCUCACUACAAUCUCCCUACAGAAUAACCAACUAUCUGGUCCUCUCCCGUCUUUUGCCAACCUCAAAUUACUCCAAGAAAUACACCUAGACUUCAAUAACUUCACUGCUGUCCCAUAUGGCAUUUUUUCAGGCCUUGUCCGCCUCCAAAAUCUAUCUUUAGAAAAUAAUCCGUAUCUCAGUCCUUGGAACUUCCCAGCUGAGUUGGCGGACUCUACAACUUUGGUAUCUCUCUAUGCUAGCAAAUCCAAUCUCAUGGGACCUAUACCAGAUAUUUUUCGCUUCCUCAUCAGUUUCCAGAACCUUAGGCUAUCAUACAACAAUUUGACAGGGUCAUUACCAGGUUCCCUAAAUGAAACCCAGAUGCAGAAUUUGAGGCUUGAAAAUCAACAAAUAGGUCUGUCUGGCUCCCUUGCUGUUCUUGCCGGAAUGAGCUUAUUAAAGCAGGUGUGGCUGCAAGGAAACAAUUUUACUGGCCCAAUUCCCGACCUUUCAAAAAGCACGGGUAUUUUUGAUCUACAACUUCAACACAAUCAAUUGACUGGCUUAGUCCCACAAUCCUUGAUAACAUUGCCCGGAUUAGUCAAUAUCUCAUUGCAGAAUAACAAGCUCCAAGGCCCAUUCCCAAGUUUCCCAGACAGCGUCACAAUGGUGACACUUGGGACAAACCUGUUCUGCAACGAUGUUUCAGGAGAUUGUGAUCCCCAAGUGAUGACAUUGCUAGAUGUUUCAGGAGCAUUAGGUUAUCCGUUGAUGCUCGCUCAGGCUUGGAAGGGUAAUGAUGCAUGCAAUAAAUGGCCAUAUGUGACUUGUGAUGCCUCUAGGAAUGUCAUUAAAGUUAAUCUAUCCAAUCAGGAAUUCAGUGGUACCAUUUCUCCUGCUUUUGCAAACUUGACAUCUCUAAGUGAGUUGUACUUAAAUGAUAAUAACUUGACUGGUACUAUACCAGACACUUUAACGACCUUGAACAAGCUCAAAGAAAUAAAUCUUUCCAACAAUAAUCUUAGAGGGAAAGUGCCAAAUUUCAUGUCCUCUGUGAUAGUUCUAACUGGGGGAAAUAAGAAUAUUGGGCACAAAAAAAUAUCAGCUGCAAUAAUUCUACUAGCCGUCUUGGUUCCUACAGUUUCAAUUAUUGCAUUUUGGUUUCUUGUGUAUGCAUAUAAAAAGAGAAGACAUCACUCAGAACACAAAGAAGAUUCAGAACAAUGGUGCUUGCACCUAGUACCUGACUCUCCACUAAGAUUCACUUACCAUGCCUUGAAAACGGCAACCAACAACUUUGAUGUACACGGGAAACUCGGGGGAGGUGGCUUUGGCACUGUUUAUGAAGGAAGCAUGAAUGAUGGAACAAAAAUCGCAGUUAAAAGUUUGGAUCGUGUAGGACAAGGAAAGAAGGAAUUUCUGGCAGAGGUUCAGACUAUAGGAAGUAUCCAUCAUGUCAACCUGGUAAAAUUGGUUGGAUUUUGUGCUGAGAAAAUGCACAGACUUUUGGUGUAUGAGCACAUGAGCAAAGGGUCACUGGACAAAUGGAUUUUCAACAUCAAUUCAAAGGAUGCCCUCGCUUGGGUUACUAAAAGAAAAAUCAUUUUGCACAUUGCAAAGGGGCUUGCUUAUUUGCAUGAGGAUUGUCAGAAGAGAAUAGCACAUCUAGAUGUAAAACCCCAAAAUGUGCUUCUUGACGAGGAAUUUAAUGCAAGACUGUCAGAUUUCGGCCUAGCAAAGCUAAUGGAUAAGGACCAAAGUUAUGUAAUGACUCAAAUGAGAGGAACUCGAGGGUAUCUUGCACCAGAAUGGUUAGGCAGAAAGAUAACAGAAAAAGUUGAUGUAUACAGCUAUGGAGUUGUGGUGAUAGAAGUUGUGUUUGGGAGGAAGAACUUGGAUUACUCUCAAUCAGAGGAGAGCAACCUACUGAUACACGUGGUUAAAAAGAAGGCUGAAUCAAGCCAGUUGUCUGAUCUACUUGAUAAAUGUGGUGAGGAUGUGCAGCAACAUAGUGAAGAAAUAGAGAAGACUUUGAAGCUGGCAAUCAGUUGUUUGCACACAGAACCAGAAACACGGCCAUCAAUGUCAACGGUGGUUAAAGUUUUGGAGGGUGCAACUAUUCCAGAUGCAACUACUCACUACUCCUUGACAACGCUUACUAUGGGUGAAAAUCCAACUGUAGGGGCGGAAACACAAAUUUCAGCCUCUCUUCUAUCAGGACCUAGAUAA